AUGGCCGAGGAACCACCCACGAAGAGAAACUGCCUCGGCGCCGACUGCGAAAACGAUGCCAGCUCUCUGCAGUGCCCCAAGUGCCUCAGUCUAGGCAUCAAGGACAGCUACUUCUGCUCCCAGGAUUGCUUCAAGAAGAACUGGGCUACGCACAAGAACAUCCACAAGCAAGAGAACAAAACCGGCUACUAUAACCCUUUCCCGACCUUCCAUUUCACCGGACCCCUGCGGCCAGUUUACCCACUCUCCCCCAAGCGCGAGGUGCCCAAGUCGAUACCACAUCCGGACUACGCCGAAGAUGGCAUUCCCAAGCUCGGCAGGUCGCUCGUCAGGACCAACAAAAUCCAGCAGCUGGAUGCGAAGGGCCAGGAGGGCAUGCGCAAGGUUUGCCGGUUGGCGAGAGAGGUUUUGGACAUCGCAGCCGCCGCCAUCCGGCCAGGCAUCACCACGGAUGAGAUUGACGAAAUUGUGCACAAGGCUUGCAUUGAGCGGAAUUCCUACCCGUCACCGCUAAACUACAACCACUUCCCGAAGUCGGUGUGCACCUCUGUCAACGAGGUCAUUUGCCACGGGAUACCCGACCGGCGUGUCUUACUAGACGGCGACAUUGUCAAUCUCGACGUCACGCUGUACCACGAGGGUUACCACGGCGACCUCAACGAGACAUACUACGUCGGCGACCGGGCCAGGGCCGAUCCGGACACGGUCCGCGUCGUCGAGACGGCGCGUGAAUGCCUGGAGGAGGCCAUCAAGUUGGUCAAGCCCGGCACGUUAUUCCGCGAGUUUGGCAACGUGAUUGAGGCGCACGCCAAGUCGAGGAACUGCAGCGUCAUCCGCACCUACGUCGGCCACGGCAUCAACAGCGUCUUCCACUGCCCGCCCAACAUUCCGCACUACGCCAAGAACAAGGCGGUAGGCGAGUGCAAGCCGGGCAUGACCUUCACCAUUGAGCCCAUGAUCGCGCUGGGCAAGCACAGGGACGUGACCUGGCCGGAUAACUGGACGAGCACGACGAUCGACGGAAAGAAGACGGCUCAGUUUGAGCACACCCUCCUGGUGACGGAAACGGGCGUGGAGAUCUUGACGGCCCGAAAAGCAGACUCCCCUGGAGGGCCGCUCCCCAUGCCUAGUGAGACCGUCAACGGCACCAAAUAG